GGUUCUAAGGCUUUGGGCGCAAUCAAAUCCUUCAACCAACCAUUCUCACAAACAAAAGCAAGCAAUAGGAAGAAGAAGCUUCCAUGCUUCUCCGAGCUUCCCCUCUUCUUCGCGCCUCCCACCUUCCAUUUCCCUCUGGGAUUCACAUGGCGCUAGCUCUCCAUCUUCCUUUAUAUCCCAACUGUAAAACUUCCACUUCAUGGCGAUCUUCUUCUUCGCACUUGGUUUCUGUUUGUCAAACGAAUGGUUACGACCGUAUUUCGGCCAAAAUAAAUUUUUCACUAUUUGUUCGAAAUUUCUACGCUUUAUCGGGUUCAUACAAUAAGGUACAGGCGCCUUGUGGAAGGAUUUUUUGUGGACAAAGAGAGUAUCGAAAGGUGAGGAGACGAGUCCCAAAGCGUAAGAUUAAGGAAUUAGAGCUCAAUGUCAGUAUCUGUAUUGAAGAGGAGUUGCCGGACGACCCAGAAAUUUUGAGUAUUGCAGAAAUGCUUCGUUUGAAUGUUCCUAAGGCUCUGAAGUUUGCUCUCAACAAUUUAAAGGAUUCAGAAUACAAAACUCGAUAUAGUUCAAUAGAUGAUGUUGGUUUAUUUGAUAGUGUCGAGUUGUCCGUACUACUUUGUAAUGACGAUUUUAUUCGUAAACUUAACAAAGAAUGGAGGGAUGAGGAUCAUGCCACUGAUGUCCUGUCCAUGUCACAGCAUGUCCCGGAAUUGAAGCUUCCAAUUCUUAUGUUAGGUGAUAUUGUCAUUUCUGUUGAGACUGCUGCAAGGCAGUCGGAGGAAAGGGGGCACACACUCCUUGAUGAAAUUCGGAUACUCCUGGUGCAUGGAUUGUUGCAUCUGCUGGGAUUUGAUCAUGAGAUUAGUGAAGAGGCUGAAGAAGAAAUGGAGAAGGAGGAGGAACUACUUUUGAAGAGUUUAGAAUGGAGAGGGAAAGGGCUAAUUCAGAGUGCAAUUGAUGCUGAAACCAAUUCGAACUCAGCUGCAGUUGUUUCAGAUGACAGGAAAAAAGAAGGCAGUCUUCGAUUUUAUCGCCCAAGGUUCAGCUACAUUUUUUGUGAUAUGGAUGGUACAUUGCUCAAUAGUAAAAGUCAAAUUACUCCAACAACUGUCAGGGCUCUGAAGGAGGUCUUGUCAAGGGGUGUGAAAGUUGUUAUAGCCACUGGAAAGGCUCGCCCAGCAGUAAUUAGCAUUUUGGAGAAGGCAGGUUUAGCUGGAAAAGAUGGUGCCGUGUCUGAAUUUUCUCCUGGAGUUUUCUUACAGGGACUACUCGUAUAUGGUAGACAAGGCAAAGAAAUUUAUAGGCGGAACUUAGACCAAGAUGUCUGCAGAGGGGCAUGCCUUUAUUCCUUAGAGAAGAAAGUUCCUCUGAUUGCAUUUGGUGAAGGUCGUUGCUUAACUCUAUUUGAUCAUCCACUUGCUGAUGCAUUGCACACUGUAUACCAUGAGCCCAAGGCAGAGGUCAUGUCUUCGGUUGAGAAUCUUUUGGCUGCAGCUGAAAUACAGAAAAUUCUUUUCUUGGACACUGCCGAGGGAGUUUCACGCAUCCUACGACCAUACUGGUCAGAAGCUGCAGGGGAACACGCUUCAGUUGUUCAAGCUGUACCAGAUAUGCUUGAGAUUGUCCCCCGUGGAACCUCAAAAGGUAGUGGAGUAAAAAUGCUGCUCGAUCAUUUGGGAGUUUCUGCUGAGGAGGUAAUGGCUAUUGGAGAUGGGGAAAACGACAUUGAGAUGCUCGAGUUGGCAUCUCUUGGGAUUGCUUUGAGUAAUGGAUCAGAGAAAACAAAAGCUGUUGCUAACUUAAUUGGUCCUAGUAACGACGAAGAUGGUGUUGCGGAGGUCAUAUACCGAUAUGCAUUCUAGAGACAAUUGAUACUUUAAGAGCUUCUGGUGCAGUCAAUUAUUUAUUGAAAGAUGCAAAUUUUGACAUCAAUACAUUCUUAUUAUCUCUCCCUCGAUGAAGAAAAAACUAAGAGAGAGAAGAUUUUUUGCCAUUUCGUAGGAACUAUUGAAGUUAUCAGCAUAGUUUUUUAAAAAAGUUUUAAAUAUUUAUACACAAAAUGUCAAUGUGUUGAAUUAUUAAUAAUCCCACACUUUUUAAAGGUCAAUCAAGACUCAAGAGUUGGCUAAA